AUGGAUGUGGAGAAGAGUAGUUGUCGUCGGUCCAGGGGCAUGAGCACCCUGGAAAAGUGUCUAAUAUUUCUCUUUGUGGCCAUGACGGGCGCCUGCAUCGGCCUUGUGGUCGUCUACUUCACAGAGAAAGCUGACCCUUCUACUCAAGCAGAAGGGCCGGACUCAGGGUGUGGUGGUCCUCAGGAGCUGACUGGAGAGUCAGGCACCUUCACCAGCUUUAACUACCCAAAUAGCUACGACAAUGGAAAGAGCUGCACCUGGCAGAUCACUGUGGACCCUGACAAGGUGAUCCAACUGUGGUUUGAGGAGUUUGCUUUGGAGGAAACCCAGCUCUGCACGUCAGACUUCAUCACACUCAGAGACUCUCUGGGAACAAUUGGUAAAUACUGCGGCUACACCAAACCGAAGCCGCUGGUGUUGCUCACGAACCACUUGAGUGUGUACUUUGACACCAAUGACAGAAAAACAGACCAAGGAUUCAAGGCUCAUUACAAAGCUGUUGCUCCAGAGCUCGCACCAGAAAUAGCCGGAGCUGGUGGCUUUCUCCAAGGUGACCAGGGGGCUCUGAUGACCCCCGGCUUCCCGGAGCAGAACUACCAGAGUGGAGCACUAUACCAGUGGAGAAUCACGGUGCCUGAAGGCGAGAGGGUUCGACUCACAUUUACUCUCUUUGACCUGGUGCCUGAGGUCUGUGGAGACUUUGUUCAGGUCUACGACGGCGACAAGGCCGGCUCCUCCUCAUUGAGUAAAUUCUGUGGGGGGACGAUGCCAAAGCCAGUGGAGUCCAGUGGCAACACAAUGGUGGUCCGCUUCAAAUCGGACAACACUCUGACUUCUAAAGGAUUCAGAGCUAUUUACACCAAGUCCAGCCUUCCACCUGUUGUUGUUACUACCACCACCACCAAACCCAGCACCACAACCAGAGCCCCCCCCACAUCUUCUGUUGGUGGUCCAGUUAUCCUUAAUGGGCGUAAAGGAGUGAUCCAGUCCCUGGGUUUCCCAAAUCCAUAUCCUGCUCAUCUAAACAGCUCGUGGAGGAUAUCUGUACCCAAAGGAUUCCUGGUUAAACUGCAUAUCACGGAAAUGGCCAUCACAGGAGAGACUGGACAAUGCAAGGAGGACAAACUGGUCAUCUCAGAUAUGUACAGCACAUUAGGCACACACUGUGGUUACCUCCUUCCCCCAGUGAUGGUCAGUGCCAGUGACACAAUAAGUGUCACUUUCCAGUCCGACAGUCGCCUCACAGACCGAGGAUUCUCCGCCAGGUGGGAAGCUGUGUAUGCUGAGGAUAUCGCAGAAAUCCAGGGCUGUGGCUUUUCUUCCAAAGAGGAAACAGGAGUUAUUAAGUCCCAGAACUGGCCUAUGAACUACAAAGCUAACGCCGAGUGCAUGUGGAACAUUGCUUUGCCUUUGUGGAAAAAAAUCACACUGACGUUCACCCACUUUGACCUCGAAGCCAAAGAUUUCCUGACGUCCAAAUGCUAUGAUAACAUUAUGAUAUAUGAGAUCAAUAGUGUGACAAAUGCGCUGCUUCAAAAGCACGGUCCAUUUUGUGGGACUAAGUUGCCUGCUACCAUCCAGACAAAAGGAAGCAGGCUGGUGAUUCGUUUACAUACAGACUUGUUCACCGAGUCCAAAGGCUUCAGGGCCUACUGGACAACAAAUCCCAGUUUGCCGGCUCCCACUGAGCCACCUGUCCAGCCCAACCCCUGGGACAACAUCCCCAUAGACUGGCCCAGUACAUGUGGUAAACCAGCCAUUCCUCCUGUUGUUGUGUCACGCAUUGUGAAUGGAGAGCGAGCCAGGCCUCACUCCUGGCCCUGGCAAGUGUCAAUGCAGGUGUGGCCGGCCAGUCGUCCACAACCCACAUUCUUCCAUACCUGUGGUGGUACUCUUAUCCAUAAGAACUGGGUACUAACAGCAGCCCACUGCUUCAUAAACUACGCUGAUGAGCUGCAGCGUUGGCGCAUGUGCCUUGGCAAACACAACCUGACCUUCACGGAGUCGAGUGAACGCUGCUUCAAUGUGUCUGGAAUCUAUCGCCAUGAGGGCUUCAAGUAUCCCACAGUGCCCACGGUGGAGUUUGACAUUGCCCUGAUCAGGCUGGAUGGGGAGGUGAUGCCCAGUAAUGAGAUCUCAUACGCCUGCCUUCCCUCACCGGAUGAAGUCCUACCUGCAAGCAAGAAGUGCUACGCCACCGGCUGGGGAGACGAGACUGGCAAUUCAUUGAAUGCUAGUGUCACAGAGACACUUAACCAGGUUGCCCUGCCUGUUGUGCCCUUUAACACCUGCAAAAGGAUGGAUUACUGGUGGUUCCAGGUCAAGACCUCCAUGAUCUGCUGUGGUUAUAUCCUACCUGACGAGCUCAAGUCUGUCUGUCAGGGAGAUUCAGGUGGUCCUCUGGUGUGUCAGGAUACCCCUGGUGGUCCUUGGGAGGUUCAUGGUAUAACCAGCUUUGGUCCUAUUGGGUGUAUUAUGAAUAAGAAGCCCUCUGUGUUCACCCGCUCUUCUGCCUACAUCCCGUGGAUCAAUAAUGUCCUCCGCAGAGACCUCUACAAUGAGCACACAUCUGGCUGUGGCGGGCCAAAGGACCUGACUGGCACAGGAGGCACCGUGUCCUCUGUGGGUUACAGUGGCAGCUACAACAACAAAGCCCGCUGCCAGUGGAACAUCCAGGUGUCCGUCGGCAAAUUGGUCCACCUCCAUUUCCACAAUUUCUCCCUGGAGGAGAGUCAGUUGUGCAUUAAUGAUAAAGUCAGCCUCAGAGACAGAAUAGGAAGUCUAGGCACACACUGCGGCCAUGUAACCCCUAAAGACCUGGUGAGUGAUGGAGACACACUUCAGAUCAGCUUCUCCUCCAACGACAAGGUGGUGGACACAGGUUUCACUGCCACCUGGAAGGCAGUGGACCCUUCAGAGGCUCCUUGUGGAGGGAGCUUCAGCAGUGCUCAGGGUGAAAUCACCUCCCCUAACUGGCCCAGCGACUACCCAGCUCAGUCCGUCUGCACAUGGCGUAUCAGCAUUCCUUCAGCAAAAAGUGUCCAUGUAGCCUUCACCCACUUUGAGCUGCAAGCUGUAAACAUGUUGGGGAACUGUGUGGACUACAUGGAGAUCUUCAAUGGUGAAAGCAUGACAUCACUAGGUCGAUUCUGCGGCUUCACCCCUCCACCCAGCAUCACCAUCCUUAGCAACACAGUCGUCAUUCGCUUCCUUAGUAAUGGAGCCAAUCACCAGAAAGGUUUUCGUGGUUACUGGACCACUGAUGCCAGUGUUAUCCCAACUUUACCUCCUCCACCUCCUAACCCAUGGGACAAAAUCACUAUCGACUGGCCAGUAGAUUGUGGAAACCCAGCAGUGACUCCCAAUACAGCCACCACGAGGGUGGUUAAUGGGGAGCAGGCCAUCCCCCACUCCUGGCCCUGGCAAGUCUCCAUGCAGGCUACACCAAUGUUUCCCAUACCUUACAUGCACGGAUGUGGAGGUUCUUUGAUUCAUGAGGAUUGGAUCCUAACUGCUGCUCACUGUUUCAUGUUCCCUCUGAAUGUUCCUACCUACUGGCGCAUGUGUUUGGGGAAGCACCACAUGAACUCCACCAUGGACGUUCCCUCAGCAGAGCAAUGCUAUAAGGUGGAUGGUAUCAUCCGCCACGAGGGGUUCGUCUACGAGCAGGAUCGCAGUGACAUCACCAAUGACAUAGCCCUGGUGCAUUUGGCCAAGCCAGUCAACAUGACAAGGGAGAUCAGCCCCGUCUGUCUGCCCGAACCUGGGGCUGUGAUGCCUGCUGGGACGCCCUGCUUUGUCACCGGCUGGGGAGACGAGAAAGGUAACUUGUUCCCCAAGGUGUCUGAGAAGCUAAACCAGGCAGCCCUUCCUAUUGUUGACUUCCAGACCUGCAGUAAGCCUGCUUACUGGUGGGACACCCUGAGACCCUCCAUGAUCUGUGCUGGUUAUGAGUCCCCAGAUGAGCUCAAGUCAGCCUGCCAGGGUGACUCCGGAGGUCCUUUUGCCUGUGCGCCGGCCGGUGGAACGAACACAACCUGGGAGGUGCAUGGUAUCGUCAGCUUUGGACCUCAGGGCUGCAUCAAAGACAAGAAACCUUCAGUAUUCACCCGCGUCUCUGCCUUCAGUGAUUGGAUCAAUGACAACAUUAAGAAGUUUAUAUAUGACAGUGGCAAAAACUAA